GGAGUCUGUCCAACGUUUCACUUCUGAGCGCACUUGUCUGACUCAACGAUGAGCUCCGGUGGGAAAUACUGCGUGUUUUUGUUCUUGCUUAAAAGUAUCCUCUCGGACCCGGGAACCUCAAAUCAAGACCAGACCAGCAAGUCUCCUCAACUGAAUACCCCACCCUAUGAGGACCCAACAUUGGUCUUAAUGCCAGUGGUUCUGUUGGACACCACAACAGUACUGGGAGAACUGGACUGGAAGACCUAUCCUGUCAAUGGGUGGGACGCUAUCACAGAGAUGGAUGAACAGAACAGGCCGAUACACACCUUCCAGGUUUGCCAUGUAAUGGAGCCAAACCAGAACAACUGGCUGCGGUCUGGGUGGAUCCAGCGACAAGCUGCACAGAGGGUAUAUGUGGAGCUGCGUUUUACACUGAGAGACUGCAACUCCAUCCCUUGGGUUUCUGGUACUUGUAAGGAAACCUUCAACCUCUUUUACCUGCAGACAGACGGGCCGCUCCCCGACAGCACACGCUUUCGGCCUACUGACUAUGCUAAGGUGGACACCAUAGCAGCGGAUGAAAGCUUUACACAGACCGAUCUUGGAGAUCGUGUCCUUCGACUUAACACCGAGGUCAGGGAAGUGGGUCCCAUCACACAGAAGGGAUUCUACCUGGCCUUCCAAGAUGUGGGAGCUUGUAUUGCUCUUGUGUCUGUAAAGGUCUUCUACAAACGGUGCCCCUCAACUCUAAGAAACUUGGCCGCGUUUCCCGAGACAGUGCCGCAAAUGGACUCGUCCUCUUUGGUGGAAGUGAGAGGUUCAUGUGUGGAGAACGCAGAAGAGAGGGACACGCCCAAAUUGUACUGUGGUGCUGAUGGAGACUGGCUGGUACCUCUGGGCCGCUGCGUCUGUAGUAUCGGCCAUGAGGAAAUGGAUGGCUACUGCCAAGCUUGCAAGCCUGGCUUCUUCAAGGCGUACGCUGGGAACACUAAAUGCUCCAAGUGUCCUCUACACAGCUCUAGCCAUGACCAGGCGGCCACCAUCUGUCACUGUGAUAAAGGCUUCUACAGGGCUCUCAAAGACCCCACUACUAUGGCUUGUACAAGGCCUCCAUCAGCUCCCAGGAACCUGGUCUCACUCAUCAAUGACACAGCUCUCUUCUUGCAGUGGAUGCCUCCCAGUGAUACAGGAGGCAGAAAGGACAUCACUUACAACAUACUGUGCCAGCGCUGUGGUGGGAGUGACAGCAGCAGUGCUGUGACACAGUGUGAGCCGUGCGAGCCUGACCUGCAUUUUAUCCCACGGCCACUUGGCAUUACUGGCACCUCUGUAGCAAUACUGGACUUUGCGAUGCACGCUAACUACACCUUCCACGUUGAGGCCGUCAACGGGGUCUCUGGGCUGGGCAUGACUGCACGCUCGCUGGCGAAUGUGACCGUCACUACACACCAAGCUGGUCCUGCUCUGGUGGGUGUAGUCAGGAAGGACUGGGCCUCUCAAAACAGCAUCGCCCUCUCCUGGUCAGAAGUGGAAAAGCCACCCUCAGACAUAGUGGAUUAUGAAGUGAAAUAUUAUGAGAAGGAGCAAGAGCAGCUGAGCUACUCAUCAACACGGACCAAAGCCCCCAGUGUUGUGGUAACGGGCCUCAGACCCUCGACUGUUUAUGUUUUCCAUGUGCGCGCUCGCACUGCUGCUGGCUACACAGCGUACAGCCCCAACUUUGAGUUUGCAACAGCAGCCGAGGAUCCUGAUAUUGCUGAUCAGGGUCAAGUUCUGGUGGUUGUCACAGCAUCUGUAGGAGGUUUUUCCCUUUUGGUCAUCCUUACCCUCUUCCUUUUAAUCACUGGACGGUGUCAGGGCUACAUUAAAGCCAGGAUGAAAUCAGAGGAGAAGAGGAGGACACGCUUUCACAGUGGACACGUCCCAUUUUCUGGAAUAAAGACCUAUGUGGAUCCAGAUACAUAUGAAGACCCCACUCAGGCUGUGGAGGAAUUUGCCAAAGAGAUAAACCCCUCUUACAUAUGCAUCGAGAGGGUGAUAGGCGCAGGUGAAUUUGGAGAAGUCUGCAGUGGCCGUUUGCGUGUACCAGGCAGGAUGGACAUUUCUGUGGCAAUAAAGACCCUUAAGGGUGGUUAUAUGGACCAACAGAGACGAGACUUUUUGCGUGAGGCCUCGAUCAUGGGGCAGUUUAACAACCCCAACAUCAUCAGGCUGGAGGGAGUGGUCACUAAUAGCAGACCAAUAAUGAUAGUGGUGGAGUACAUGGAAAAUGGAGCACUGGACUCUUUCCUCCGGGCACGUGAUGGUCAGUUCACAGUGCUCCAGCUGGUUGGCAUGCUCCGGGGCAUCGCAGUUGGUAUGACCUACCUUUCAGACAUGGGUUAUGUUCACCGAGACCUAGCUGCUCGCAACAUCUUGGUAGAUGAAAACUUGGUGUGUAAGGUCUCCGAUUUUGGCAUGUCCAGAGUUCUUGAAGAUGACACCGAAGCAGCCUACACAGCUACAGGAGGAAAAAUACCAAUACGCUGGACAGCACCAGAGGCUAUUGCUUAUGGAAAGUUUUCCUCAGCUAGUGAUGUAUGGAGCUAUGGCAUUGUCAUGUGGGAAGUGAUGUCAUAUGGAGAGAGGCCCUACUGGGAGAUGUCCAAUCAAGACGUCAUUUUAUCUAUUGAAGAAGGCUAUCGUCUGCCAGCACCAAUGGGCUGUCCUGUGACGCUGCAUCAGCUGAUGCUACACUGCUGGCAGAAGGAAUACGGCCAGCGCCCACACUUCAGUGAUGUGCUGUCGUUCCUCGACAAACUCAUAAUUAAUCCCAGUGGGCUGCUGAAUCUAGCCAAUGAUGUUCAGAGUUUCGCUGACUCCCCAGACGACAUGCCAGAUUACCCUCUUUUCAUCUCUAUUGGCGACUGGCUCGACUCCAUCAAAAUGAGCCAGUAUAAGAACAACUUUCUUGCAGCAGGAUACACGACGCUGGAUUCUAUUUCAAUCAUGAGCAUAGAUGACAUCAGACGUAUUGGAGUCUGUUUGAUUGGCCAUCAGAGGAGAAUCAUAAGCAGCAUACAGUCCCUUCGCCUGCAGCUUCACCACAUCCAGCAGAGUGGCUUUCAAGUGUGAGCCCAUUGCACAGAGUCAGACUGUGUGUACAAACUGAGCUGGAAACAAGUUCCUUGGCAUCGUCAUUCAACUAAUUGCACAAAACACCAGACUCUUAGGUGUAGCAGGUACCACAUGCUGCUCGUAUGAGCGCGGUCUGCUGCUAGACCACAUGUGGUCUAGUAAGCACACACUCAUCAUCUUCUGGAUCAUUAUCAAUACAGCCUCCACAACAACCAACCUCUGGCGUUGGCCAAAUGCGGUCUCUUUAUUAUCUCAGCAAAUACUAGCAUUCACUUGAAUUUAGGACUUCUUUUCUCUAGUGUCUAUUCAAGUGUUCACCAAUACCUCUUCUCUUUCCAAGUGACAAUCCAAUGGUUUGUAUUGACUUUGAAUGGUCUAAAGUUUGUUACCUCAUGACCAGAGAAGAUGAGGACAGGAGAAAUCAUUUGAUGAUGUGUGGUACAGUGCGUGACUUUAAUAACUACCUUUCCAGCUGGUUUAUGAAACACUUCACUUAAAAGAAUAAAGAUUGACCGGAUGGUAAAAUACAAUCAUGUUUUUUGAACUGAAGACCGCUGAAUGUCAAAAGAUUUUAUAGAAAUGUAUGUUCUCUCUUCAUGAUGAUGCAGUAUGUCUUGUACAAAAAGUCUUGUGAAAAUUGUAUGUUUUAUCCAGUAUGUUGG